AUGACGCGUGGUAAUCAACGAGAUCUCGCUCGUGCCAAGAACCUUAAGAAGCAAGAGGAGCAAAAGAAAAAGCAAGGAUCAGGGAAAGGAGCAAAUGCUGGAACCAGUCUUGAUGCUCGAAUGAGUCGCGAUGCGGACGUGAUGCGAAAGAAACAGGAAUUGGCUGCUGCUAAGAAGGCCGAAGAAGACGCAGCGAAGGCCGGAGGCGCGGGAAAAGUGGCAAAAGUGGACCCGUUGUCGAUG